AGACCAAUCGCUGCCGGUGGGUGUUUUUUUGUGAUUCAUUUGGCGGAGACGCGCGCUCGCUGCUUGGCUGGAUGGCUGCAUGCGCUGUCCCUUUCAGCACCGAAAACCAGAGGCGCGUGCAUCUGUGAGUGGGUUGCGAAGGCGCGAGGAACCCUCAAUCAAGUCACGGAAAAGCAGGGUCUGCUGAAGAUGUGAGUUCAGGAUUAUCAUCGCUGCAGCUGCACUCACCUCCUCUACUAGUGUCUCUCUCUCUCUCUCUCCUCUACUGGGACAUGCAUGCCUCAUGGGCCCGGGACAUCUUAGAGCGGCCUGCUAACUCCUUCCCAAACUCCUCCCCCGGGGGACUGACGCCCUUUCACCUAUGAUCCCGCCCAUACUCUCCACAGUAACUUCUCAGUAACUCCUCCCACAACCGCCAUCCAACUGUUACCAUGGCGUUGUCGGAACCCCAACGCCUUCCUUCCCUCCUCGCCACAGGCCACUUCCUUUUCCACUUCCUUACCUCAUGUUCCUGGCUCCUCCCCCUGGCCUUCCCUCAGCGAAUCACGGACCCCGCCAUCGGCACUGCGCCCAAUCAGGAGUACGCCCACUCCAUCCGAUUGGAAGGCGACAUCAUCCUGGGUGGCCUGUUCCCGGUGCACUCCCGGGGAGGUGGUGGCAUGCCCUGUGGGGAACUGAAGAAGGAGAAAGGGAUCCACCGUCUUGAGGCCAUGAUGUUCGCCAUCGACCUGAUCAACAAGGACACGGAGCUGCUCCCCAACAUCACCCUGGGGGCCCGGAUCCUGGACACCUGCUCCAGAGACACCUACGCCCUGGAGCAGUCGCUGACCUUUGUCCAGGCCCUCAUCGAGAAGGACGGCUCGGAUGUACGCUGUGCCAACGGCGACCUGCCCAUCUUCGCCAAGCCUGAUAAGAUCGUGGGGGUGAUCGGGGCGGCGGCCAGCUCCGUGUCCAUCAUGGUUGCCAAUAUACUGAGGCUGUUCAAGAUCCCUCAGAUCAGCUAUGCGUCCACGGCCCCGGAGCUCAGUGACAACACGAGGUAUGACUUCUUCUCCCGCGUCGUUCCUCCGGACUCCUACCAGGCCCAGGCAAUGAUGGACAUCGUCACGGCGAUGGGAUGGAACUACGUGUCCACGCUCGCCUCCGAGGGGAACUACGGCGAGAGCGGUGUCGAGGCCUUCGUGCAGAUCUCCCGGGAAACAGGUGGGGUGUGUAUAGCCCAGUCUCUGAAGAUCCCGCGUGAACCCAAGCCAGGGGAGUUUGAUAAGAUCAUCAUGCGUCUGCUGGAGACGUCCAACGCCAGGGCUGUCAUUAUGUUCGCCAACGAGGACGACAUACGGCGUAUCCUGAACGCGGCCAAGCACAACAACCAGACUGGUCACUUCCUGUGGGUGGGGUCAGACAGCUGGGGCUCCAAGAUCUCUCCUGUGAUUGGCCAGGAGCGGGUGGCUGAGGGAGCCGUUACCAUCCUGCCCAAACGAGCCUCCGUGGACGCGUUUGACCGUUACUUCCGGAGCCGCUCUCUGUCCAACAACAGGAGGAACGUGUGGUUCGCUGAGUUCUGGGAGGAAAACUUUGGCUGCAAGCUGGGGAUGCAUGGCAAGCGCCCCGGAAGCCCCAAGAAAUGCACAGGUCUGGAGAAGGUUGGUCGGGACUCGAGCUACGAGCAGGAGGGGAAGGUUCAGUUUGUGAUGGAUGCCGUGUAUGCUAUGGCCCAUGCCCUGCACCGGAUGCACCGGGAACUCUGCUAUGGAUACCCAGGCCUGUGCCCAAAGAUGGCCAACAUCGACGGCAAGGAACUACUCAGCCAUAUCAGAGCUGUCAACUUUAAUGGCAAUGCUGGUACUCCAGUGGUGUUCAAUGAGAACGGCGACGCCCCCGGACGGUACGACAUCUUCCAGUACCAGAGCACCAACCGCUCUACCAGAGAGUAUAAGGUCAUAGGCACCUGGACCAACAAACUACACCUAAAUGUAGAGGCCAUGCAGUGGCGGGCAGGCGACCCGUCCCUCCCUGCGUCUGUGUGCAGCGUGCCCUGCCGGAUGGGUGAGAGGAAGAAAAUUGUGAAAGGCGUGCCGUGCUGCUGGCACUGCGAGCGCUGCGAGGGCUAUCACUUCCAGGCCAACGAGUUCAGCUGUGAGCUGUGCCCCUACGAACAGCGCCCCGACGCCAACCGAACGGGCUGCCAGAACAUCCCCAUCAUCAAGCUGGAGUGGCACUCGCCCUGGGCCGUCAUUCCCGUCUUCAUCUCAAUGCUAGGCAUCAUCACCACCACCUUCGUUAUCGUCACCUUCGUCCGCUACAAUGAAACGCCCAUCGUCAGGGCUUCCGGCCGUGAGAUGAGCUACGUGCUGUUGACAGGCAUUUUCCUGUGUUAUGCAAUCACCUUCCUGAUGAUCGCCGCGCCCGACGUGGGCGUGUGUUCAUUCCGGAGGAUCUUUCUGGGUCUGGGGAUGUGCUUCAGCUACGCGGCUCUCCUCACCAAGACCAACCGUAUCCACCGCAUCUUCGAGCAGGGGAAGAAGUCCGUCAGCGCCCCCCGGUUCAUCUCCCCGGCCUCCCAGCUGGUCAUCACCUUCUCCCUGAUCUCGGUGCAGCUCCUGGGGGUGUUUGUAUGGUUCGCCGUGGACCCGCCACACACCUUCGUGGACUACGGCGAGCAGCGAACCCAGGACCCGGCAGCGGCUCGCGGUGUGCUGAAGUGCGACAUCUCCGACCUGUCCCUGAUCUGCUCCUUGGGCUACUCCAUCCUUCUGAUGGUCACAUGCACUGUUUACGCCAUCAAGACCAGGGGAGUGCCGGAGACCUUCAAUGAGGCCAAGCCAAUUGGAUUUACCAUGUACACUACCUGCAUAAUCUGGCUGGCGUUUAUCCCUAUCUUCUUCGGGACGGCACAGUCUGCGGAGAGGAUGUACAUCCAGACCACCACCCUGACUAUCUCGCUCAGCCUCAGCGCCUCUGUCUCUCUGGGGAUGUUGUACAUGCCCAAGGUCUAUGUCAUCAUCUUCCACCCUGAGCAGAACAUCCCCAAGCGUAAACGCAGCUUCAAGGCCAUCGUCACCGCCGCCGCCAUGUCAGGCAAGCUGCAGAAGGGGGGCGACAGACCCAACGGAGAGGUCAAGACGGAGCUGUGUGAGAGCAUGGAGACCAACAGUGACUUCAUCAACUAAGACAACAUAUGUCAGCUACAGUAAUCAUGCCAUCUGAACAUCUGAACAGCACCAAAGUGGAGGGAGGGCUGAGAAAAGGAGCUGUCACAGACAGAUGACGGACUGACGGACGAAAAGACGGACAGACCGAUGGAGCUCCCACCGCCACCGGUAACCAAGCAUGAGACAUUUUAUAUUGUUCUGACAGCAUCAAACCUUACUACCACCAGAGAGGCGGGACCACAAAGACCAACCACCAAUCAUUGGGCCCCGUUCGCUCUCUUCCUGCAAAUCACAGCACAACGGUCCUGCCAUAAACUUUGAACUAACCGUGAAGACAAUGGUUUAAAAAAUAAUCCACUGCAGGCCAUAUGGUCCAGAGAAAAAAAGGAAGAAAAAAAGAAGAAAACAUAACAAAACAAAACUGUGUAAAAGUUAUACAUAAGGGUACAUGGGAGAUUAAAAGACAUUAAAAGAGUUUAAAAUUUAAAAAAUAUUUAAAAGAGAAAAUAGAAGAAACUAUGAGAAUUGACCAUGAUGUUUAUUGUUAUUCUACUUGUAAGUAUUUUUGUGGUUGUGAAGAUUUUUUCAUUCUUGUCCCAGCUGUCGUGCGACCUUGCAUAUUCAGAAAGUUUGUCUCUUGUAUCGAAUGGCUAACUGGAUGGGUAGCCCUGGGUUGUGAAUCUGUAAAUCCCCUGGUUGAAGCAUGCCAGUUUUUAUACAAAUGAUUUAUUUAUAAUAAAGGAAUGUUUUGCAAAUGUAUAGAUUUGUGCUUAUGCUUUUAAGAUACAAUGCAGACACCAAUUGUAUAUGUUUUUGUUUAUUACUAUAUUAGUGACCGACUUGCUAGAUUCGGUUUUCUGUAGCAAAAUUUGAAAUGGAGUUGAGGAACAAUGGGAAAGUAAGUAACACACUGGACACUCUGGCCAAGGAGUAGAGUUGAUCCGAGCAUUCUGUCCUAACAACAGCAGUCAAGCACCCAAGCUAACUGGCUAAUGUUGGCUAGCUUGCUAGCUACUUCCAGACACAAAUGAGCUCACUGACAAUUUUACUCGUCCUAUCAGAGCUGGUUAGGCUGUUUUUAUGUUGUCCAAAGCCUUGUUGACUGCAACUGUGCUGCUGGCAACAAUUUAAUUAUGCUUUUUUUGGCAGUUUUUACUGACACCGGUCAUAUUCAACAGGUGUUGAACGUUCAUAAGUUCGUCAGUUAUUCAGCGCUGGCACACUCACAUGAGAGUGCUCUGAAAUCAGAGUAGAUAGCCAGAGGGAAUUUACCAGCUAGCUAGCUAGCUAGCUAAACAAUGAACCAUAAUCCCAACUCGUGACGUUAAUACCCUGCAUGAAUUUGCAAGUAGCUAACCAACCAGGUUCAAUGUUGGCUUGCUAACAUUAGGCUAUAACUAGCAAAGCUUCAUUAAAUAGUACCCGCAAACACCAGUCUCAACGUCAACAGUGAAGAGGCGACUCCGGGAUGCUGGCCUUCUAGGCAGAGUUCCUCUGUCCAGUGUAUGUUUUCUUUUGCCCAUCUUAAUCUUUUAUUUGUAUUGGGUAGUGGCUUUUAUUUGCAACUCUGCAACUCAACGAGUUGGGAUUAUGGUUCAUUGUUUAACUAGUAUUUAAUGAAGCUGCCAGUUGAGGACUUGUGAGACGUCUGUUUCUCAAACUAGACUUGUCCUCUUGCCCUGGGGCCUCUCACUCCUCUUCCUAUUCUGGUCAGGGCCAGUUUGCAUUGUUCUCUGAAGGGAGUAGUACACAGCGUUGUACGAGAUCUUCAGUUUCUUGGCAAUUUCUCGCAUAGAAUAGCCUUCAUUUCUCAGAACAAGAAUAGACUGACGGGUUUCAGAAGAAAUAUCUUUGUUUCUGGACAUUUUGAGCCUGUAAUCGAACCCACAAGUGCUGAUGCUCCAGACACUCAACUAGAGUAAAGAAGGCUUAUGUAGAUAUUCCAUUAAAAAUCAGUUAAACACUGUACAGCCUCAUAACAUGAUUAAAACAUUAAUUUUGAUAUCAUAGAUGGUCAGUCAUUGUAUCCACAUCUGUCCGGGGCGGCAGGGUAGCCUAGUGGUUAGAGCAUUGGCCAAGUAACCGAAAGCUUGCAAGUUCAAAUCCCUGAGCUGUCAAGGUACAAAUCUGUCGUUCUGCCCCUGAACAGGCUGUUCCUAGGCUGUCAUUGAAAAUAGGAAUUUGUUCUUUAACUGACUUGCCUAGUUAAAUAAAGGUUAAAAAAAAAAGUUUAAUCUGAGACUGGUUAAAUUUCUCCAGGCACAUCCCUCAGCUUUUUACCAAAACAGAGGCGGGGCAACCAUUUUGUUAUUGUUUAAUCUGUGGAUUUUCCCUUUAAACAGCUGCAUAUUAUCACGAUAUCAACGUGUCACCAACAAAAAGGUAAACAAAUAGCCCUUACACAGCCUGUUGGGUCAUUGUCCUGUUAAAAAAUAAAUGGUUGUCCCACGAAACGCAACGGCUGUGGUAGCCCUGCUGGUUAAGUGUGCUUUGAAUUCUAAUUAAAUCACUGACAGUGUCACCAGCAAAACACCCCCACACCAUCACACCUCCUCCUCCAUGCUUCACGGUGGGAACCACACAUGCGAAGAUAAUUCGUUCACCAACUCUGCGUCUCACAACGACACAAGAGUUGAAACCGAAAAUCUCCAAUUUGGACUCCACCAGUCUAAUGUCCAUUGCUCGUGUUUCUUCUCUGCAGCAGAAGUAACUCUGGGUCUUUCUUUCCUGUGGCGGUCCUCUUGAGAGCCAGUUUCAUCAUAGCGCUUGAUGGUUUUUGCAACUUCACAAGUUUUUGACAUUUUCCUGAUUGACUGACCUUCAUGUCUUAAAGUAAUGAUGGAGUGUCGUUUCUCUUCGCUUAUUUGAACUGUUCUUGACAUAAUAUGAACUUUGUCUUUUACCAAAUAGGGCUAAUUUCUGUAUACCACCCCUACCUUGUCACAAAACAACCUAUUGGCUCACACUCAAUAAGAUGGAAAGAAAUUCCACAAUUUAACUUUUAACAAGGCACACCUGUUAAUUGAAAUGCAUUCCAGGUGACUCCUCAUGUAGCUGGUUGAGAGAAUGCCAAGAGUGUGCAAAGCUGUCAUCAAGGCAAAGGUUUGUUACUUUUAAGAAUCUCAAAUCUAAAACAUGUUUUGAUUUGUGUAACACUUUUUUGCUUACUACAUGAUUCCAUAUGUGUUAUUAUUCUACAAUGUAGAAAACAGUAA